UUUCAUUUCCAGUGUUAUAUAAAAUGAAGUAAUUUAUUCUAGAAAUGUUUUUAAUGUAAAAUGCGAAUCAUGGAAUCGUACAAACAAGAGUUCAAGAACUCAACUGCAAUCAGGCAGGAAAUUGUCAGAUUUGAGAGUGUUCACCCGAGCAUCUACGCCAUCUAUGAGUUGGUGCAGCGAAUAAAUAACCAGGAAUUGCAGUCGCAGAUCAGAGAUCAUGUGCUCAAUGUUGAAGAUGCGUUUGUGAAUAGUCAGGAGUGGACGCUCGGCAAAAAUGUUCCUGAAAUAAGACUGGGCGUUGUUGGAAGUUUGAACAGUGGCAAAUCCGCUUUAGUUCAUAGAUAUUUGACGGGAACAUACGUCCAAGAUGAGGCACCAGAGGGCGGUAGAUUCAAAAAAGAAGUCACUGUGGGAGGACAGAGCUCUCUACUGCUAGUCCGCAAUGAAGGAGGUGUUCCAGACGCACAAUUUGCAGCUUGGGUUGAUGCCAUAGUGUUCGUGUUCAACCUAUCCGAUGAAGCCUCGUUUCAAUCCAUCUAUAACCUACGACAAAGACUUUCACAACAUCGAGAUUUCACAAAUGUUCCAAUUGUUUUGGUUGGCACUCAAGAUUCCAUGUCUCCCUCCUGCCCUCGUGUGAUAUUCAAUGAUCGUGCAAUGCAGUUGGCCUCAGACUUCAAGAGAUGUUCGUACUACGAGACCUGCGCAACGUACGGACUGAAUGUGGAUCGAGUAUUUCAAGAUGCCGCCCAGAAAGUGAUCUCACAUCGCAAACGUCCAGAACCUCAUAUGCUGAGCCACGUUAGUAGUGGAAGCCUAUCAACCCCAGGAACCCCACUGCAUCGUAGCAUGAGUACUUCAUCUGCAUACCACGAGAACGGGGGUUUGCUGAACUCCAACUUUCUGAGAGACUAUUUAUCCCCCGAUAGCAUGCUGGGGCUGAUCACCCCAACACCGUUUCGUAAGAGCGGAAGACGGAAGUCGAACCUGUUUUCGGGUCGCAAAUCCAGUGAUUCUGAAGAGAAACGCAAGAACAAGGAACAGCAGAUGCAGGAAAUGAUAAAAGAUGUCGGAUUUGGCAGAAACAUUCCAAUAAAACAGGGUUGGCUUCAUAAGCGGAGUAAAAAACCGAAGCUCAGCAACCGAGAAUGGAAGAAACGUUACGUGACUCUCUCCAAUGAAGGAAUCCUGACAUACUUCAACAGUAUGCAUGACUACAUGGAGAAUGUCCACGGCAAGUCAAUCUCAGUUGUGAAAACAACAGUCAAAGUUCCCGGCAGACUCUCUUACGUUCCUUCAAAGUCGACUCCAAGCAAAGAUAAGAACAGUGAAGACUUCGAAUUCCAUCUUGUGUCCAUGGAUGGGAACAUCUGGUAUUUCUCAUGCCCGACGUCGUACGAGAGAGACCAGUGGGUGCUUGUAAUCGAGCAACAGAUAAUGAACGUCCUACAGAAUGGAGCAUCAAGCAAAAAUAAGACUGACUGCACGAUGAUGACACCCGUUGAUGUGGGAGUGUUUCGUAGCAUUCCUGGUAACGAUACAUGCGUGGAUUGUGACUGUCCGAAUCCUACGUGGGCUUCUCUCAAUCUUGGAUGUAUGAUGUGCAUUCAGUGCUCGGGGAUUCAUAGGAAUCUGGGUUCGCAUGUUUCAAGAGUCCGAUCAAUAGAACUAGAUGAUUGGCCGAUAGAAUGCAGUGCAGUUAUGAAGCAAGUUGGAAACCGAGUUUGUAAUUCAGUCUAUGAAGCAAAUGUGGGCAGAUUUAUUAAACCUACUCCACAUUCAACAAGGGAGGAACGAGAAGUAUUCAUCCGUGACAAAUAUAUUCAUAAAAAGUUCGUCUCCUCACUCCCCGCAGAAUGCGACGUUUUAGCCACUAUUUGUGAAGCAAUCUCUAGCGCCAACAUGCGCCUGUUGGUUCAAAUGCUCUCACAUGCGACACCUAGUGACAUAAAUGCACCAGCGACGAGAGACCAUCGUGCUGCGUUACAUAUUGCUGCUUACCAUGGGGAUCUUGCUAUGCUGCAACUCCUACUCUGGAAUAAGGCUGACGUACGUCAACGAACAGCAACGGGAGAGACAGCUGCUAUGAUAACCGAACAUCGAGGCCACCAGGAGUGCCAUAGAGUUCUAUCAUCAUCUGUUCCACAUGACAGAUUAUCAGUCUUGCAUGACCAAGCGAAUAAUUCUCCUGCGUCAUUAACAAGCUCUGCAUCAUCGUUGUCAAUAGCAACGUUGCCAUCAGAGAACGCUUUGAUUCCUGCAGUCAACCAUGACCAUGGUUACUAUAGCAACGAAAUGAACACCAGACCGAAUAUCAAUUAUAUGUACACCAGUGCCAUCUAGCGGUGGACUCUCUAGCGACCCCUAGUGUGCAAUGUAAUGCAGUAAUAUAUUCAAUGACCGUCCUCAGAAGCACUAUACCUAUGUAAAGUUACCUGUCGUAAGUGACCCCGUCCAGCAUGUAGGGGUGGACGAAUAAAGUUUAAGGAAAAGAUAAUUGCACUCACUCAGAAGUUAAAAGACUCGUGUCUUAGAUAACUCACAGGCAACAUUCCCUCUAAGAGCUGCGUGGAAUAGAAGGCCAUGUGAGCUCCAAAAAAAAGGUCUUCACAGAAAAUUAGAAAAAAUAGAAAAUAAGGGAAUGUUGGUUACGGGACCCACUGAAAUGCCAAAAGCUACUAAAAUUAUAGAGAAUUUAGUGGCUGGCUGACUCUGAAGUAAUGGAGACCCAUCUGUGAACAAAGUUACCGGCAAACAGCCACUGUACAAUAAUGGUGCAGUGAAUGCAGCGUAAUCUGAGACUUGAUAAUGUGAGCAGUUGGCAGCCUGUUAUUUGACUUUUAACUGAUUACUGUAAAAUAGUGAUUCAGCUUGUAUCCUGGUAUAUGUUAUAAUUUAAUAUUAAUUGACAAAUAUUUGAUAAUCAAACUUCGGAAAGGUAUGAUGUCGUUAGACAUAUUUUAGUCAGUAUGGAAAUUCAAAUGUCAAAUAAUUAUAAAGCAAAGUGAUUGUUUUCAUGAAAUUCCUAAUUGGUAUGCAUGGCGAAAGGAACUUGGGAAAUAUAUGACUAUGUAUUUCAUAAGCUUUAUCAAAUUGAAUAAUUUGUCAAAUACUUGUUCAAUCAACUCUGAAAUUUCAUAGAAUAAUUUCAUAAUUUAGAAUACCAAACUCUGAGUAUGUGUCUCCUAAUGAAAAUUGCUUGAGAAUUCCUUAUUGUUUUAAAAUCAUCUGAUCCGAUCUGAUUGUAUAAAACAAUUUGUAAUUUUUUCUAAUUUUGAAUGUUGCAUAUUCUAGUGUGUUUCUCGUUACUAUAAUUGCCCACCAAUUCUAUUGACUGUCUCAACAUAUUCCACUAGUGGGCCCAAGUUGAAUAUCAUUUACUAUCAUUUGUAAACUUUUUCCCGACUUGAAAUUCAAAAUAUCUGAACAAUCCAUUACUUGCCAUGUAUCUCUAAGUUGCAUCCCAGUAAAUUCCAUGCGUUUUUGGAGAAUUUUUUUUUUAAUGUCAGUGACAUCAUCAGCUAUGACAUCACUAAAUUUCCAUUACCAUGAGAGGUAACACUUUUUUUGGUUUAACAAAGUUUUGAAAAUUUGAAAAAAAAGUAUUUAGUCACUCAAUACCUCCUGAGUAUGCUGCAAAUUAUCAAAUGAUUUACCAACCUAUGUGUUCUGGAGUUGUAUUUUAUUAUUGUCAAUGACGUCAUCAGUGUUAUGACGUCACCACUUUAAAACUAUUCCAUGUCAGUCCCUGUGACAACCUGCAUUAUUCUUCUCUGUAUCUCCGUUGUUACCUCAUUAUUAUGUGGGAAGUAUCACUGUGUCAGACUUGGCCCGAACGUUAUAUCACGAAUUCCAUCUUUCAUAAUCGAGGCUAGCGCAAGAUCUUUUCUUUUCAUAGGUUUUGAUAUCUUGUAUUUGGGAUGGAAUUUACAUAUCUAUCUGCUCGAUCAUGUGUAUGCCAUAAUUUCGGGAAUAAUAUACCAGUUCCUAUUUAGGCGUUCUCAGAAGUGCGUGUAGCAAUAUGGAAGUAACUAAUUUUGUUCGCCUUUGUCACAUCAAGUUGUGUAAAUGGAUUGAAACCUAUAUUCACUUGGCUAACACAGUCAGUGAACUCGUAACAGAACUAAAAUUGGAAAGAAAUUAUGGCCUAACCCUAACCUGGUACACAUACUACAGGAGUACUCUUAUUUCAAUCAUAUUCCAGCACCAUACUAAAACUACCCCCAACUUGAAUUCAAAAUAUGAAUUGGUAUUUUGUCUUAUCAGAGUAUUUCUUCUUGAACAAGGGUCUGACCAAGCACCCGGUGGCAUGAACGUUACAUCAUUCAUUUAUAUUGCCAGCCACAUGGAAAGCUAUAGAGCGACAAGUAUGAGACAACUUUGUGGCUGAAAUUUUAUUCAAGAACGAUUAUUGUAUUCUGGCGAUAAAUGAUAUUAUGAUGUCACACUUUGGUAUUGUGGUGUCACACAGUAUAUUGUUUUCAUAUUCGAGCCAAGCUUGGCACUAUGAUACUUUCCACACCUUUAUUAUUCUUGUUCCUGAUUAUUUUUGUGAUUUUAUUUUCAAUCGGUGAGUUUGUGACAAUCUACGUGUGUUGCUGAC